CAUUGGUGGCAAUGCAAUUUUUUGUAUUUUUCUGUCCAACUUUUAGAUUUGGCUUGACUUGAUUGGGACAUGAUUUAUUUUUAAGUUCAAGGUCAUUUUUAUCUAAAAUGUGGUGUGCUUUUGCGAUAAAUUCAACUUAUUUCGGACUCUAUUUACAUUUUUUACCUUUCUAAAAUAUUUUGUGUCACGUGAUCGUAUAUUGAAUUUUAAUUGGUCGUCGGUGAGCGUGCCCUGCGCGACGCAAGAGGCGCAAUAAUAGUUUUCCAAAAUGCCGUCGGAAUCUAAACCUUUGUUGGCAGCUCAAACAGAAAAACCCAAUCAUUACAAAUAUCUAAAGGAAUUCCGAGUGGAGCAGUGUCCGUCGUUCUUACAACACAAAUGUACCCAACAUAGGCCUUUCACAUGUUUUCAUUGGCAUUUUAAUAAUCAAAGAAGACGAAGACCUGUUAGAAAAAGAGAUGGAUCUUUCAAUUAUAGCGCUGAUAACUACUGUACCAAAUAUAAUGAGACGUCUGGUAUAUGCGAGGAUGGUGACGAUUGCCCAUACCUCCACCGCACCGCGGGCGACACAGAGCGACGGUAUCACCUCCGCUACUACAAAACUUGCAUGUGUGUGCAUGAUACGGACGCGCGGGGGCUCUGUACCAAGAACGGGGCGCACUGUGCGUUCGCGCACGGAGCCCCGGACCUGCGGCCCCCGGUGCUGGACGUGCGGGAGCUCCAGGCGCUGGAGAACCCGGACGGGGCGGACGGGGACUGCGCGGCGCCCAACGCUUUGGAUAAGGAGAGGAAUUUGAUGAAUGAGGACCCCAAAUGGCAAGAUACAACCUAUGUAUUAUCAUCAUAUAAAACGGAGCCGUGUAAAAGACCACCUAGGUUAUGUAGACAAGGGUAUGCUUGCCCACAAUAUCACAAUAGUAAAGAUAAACGUAGGUCUCCAAGAAAAUAUAAAUAUCGUAGUACUCCAUGUCCCAAUGUGAAGCACGGCGAGGAGUGGGGGGAGCCUAGUAAUUGUGAGGCGGGGGACGCUUGUGGGUACUGUCAUACGCGCACUGAGCAACAGUUCCACCCGGAGAUCUACAAGUCUACGAAAUGUAAUGAUGUACAGCAAGCAGGGUACUGCCCCAGGGGACUGUUCUGUGCAUUCGCACAUGUAGAACCCGAAGAUUUAUCAGCGGCUCGUGAGCUAGCUGCUCCUUUAGAAUGUGGAACAAAUUUAGCGGAUCUAUUAUCAUCGGCGCUGCCCCCGGACAAGAAGAGCAACGACAACAGUGUCAGCUUGCUAGGCAACGCGCUCAACUUGGAGCGCGUGCGGCCGCUGUCGCCCAGCAACCUGCUGCAGACCAACGGCAGCGGCGAGGGCUCCGAGUGCGCCUCCACCUCCAGCGGGGGCUCCAGCGGCGGCCGCGCCCCGGGCUCGCAGCCGCGCACGCUGCUCCCGCUGUCGGCCUUCGGCGAACAGGAGGAGCGCAAGGCGCCUCCGCCCUCGCAGUCGGUGUGGUCGCAGCGCGCCUCCACCUUCGACGCGACCGUGCUGCAGGAGGUGGUCGGCAACGCGCUCGACGACCUGCACCUGGAGGACCCCCUGAAUCUCGUGGCGGCGCUGGACCGCGACCUGGCGGACGGCGAGGGGCUGCUGGGCGGCUCCGCGCCCGUCAAGAUCCCGCAGCCGCGGCCUCUGCGCGGCUUCAGCCCGCCGCCCGGCGGCUCCCCGCUGGCGCCGUUCCUGCGCUACGCUCAGAACGAGCCCGAGCGGCUGUUCGGCUCCCAGAUGAAGGCCGGUAGCUUCGGCGCGGCGCCGGCGGGGCCCUUCGAGGGCUUCGGCGCGGAGCUGUCGCGCCUGCGCGAGGAGCUCGUGCUGUCGCGCGCGGCCGCCGCGCGCUGGGACGAGCGCAUCGCGCAGGCGCGCGCGGCGUGCGAGGCGUGGCAGCGCGAGGCGGACGAGGCGCAGCGCAAGGCGGCGCUGGCGGAGCGGCAGCGGGACGACGCGCUGGGGCUGGCGGGGUCGCUGCGGCGGGAGCUGGACGCAGGCCGCGGUCGCCGCGAGCUGCGCGGGCUCCCGCUGCCGGCGCUCAAGGCGCUGCAGACGCAGGCGCGCCGCGAACUGGAGGACAUCGAGAAGGCGCUGUACCUGGAAACGGCCACCAAGUGCAUGGUGUGUGAGGAGCAGCCGCGCAGCGUCACGCUGGCGCCCUGCAACCACUACGUGCUGUGCGAGGGCUGCGCCGCCUCCGCGGACGAGUGCCCCUACUGCCAGACGCCGGUGCAGCACCACCAGUAGGAUGACGUUGCGUUAUGUUGUUGCGUGUCGUGCUCGUGAUGUGGUUUAGUAUCGGGUUGUCGUGUCGUGUGCCGCGCGGGGCGCGUCGCGCCGUGACGUGGCUAUGACGAUUUUGGUAAUACUAGAGCCAGCACUACUAAGAUUUUUUUUAUGUAAGUAAUAUACAUAUAUUGCUUUCCUUUUCACUCUCUCAUGUAUUACAAAACAUACAGUAACGGUAACCUUUAAACACAAAAGAAGGUAAAAAGAAAUAUAUUCCUUGCAUCAUCAAGUUGUAAUGAGUGCGGGCUCCAGUACCGCGUCAGCUCGUGGCGUCGCGACGCCCCCGCGUCUCGUGUGGUAGUUGCUCUCUACAGAUGUAGUUGUCGAGUCACGCUGUGUUUCGGGCUAUUAAUCCAAAACAAAAUACAUACUUUUCCUUGAUAUUUUUAUAUAGGGGCAAAAUGGGGUCUAAUGGGGAUAUAUAACUUGAUAAUAAUUGUAGGAUAUUUAAUUUUAGUAAAGAGCAAGACUUAUUCUGGUAAAAUAUUGGAUGAAAUUAAAAGCAUCAUAUAGGAAUUUUCGAAUUAACUGCCACUGUCAUUUAUAGUCUAAGAUAGAAUUUACUUACAGAUUUCCAAUAUUAACAAAUUAUGGGAGUUGAUAACUUUGCAAAUUUUUUUGAAUUAAUAAAUAGUUGAAAUACCUAUGCCUAUAACCUAACGAACUAAUGACUUCAUACUACUAGAGACGUAGAUAUAGAAACUUUUGUAUACAAUCGCUAUAUUUACUAUGUAGUAUUACGAAAUGGAACAAUGGGACUUUCGAAAGAAUAGCUUUUAGUAUUCGAUAAAGUAUAAUAAUAUAAAUCCUAACACCAACGCAGCAAUAUUGUUUAUCGACACAAAAUAUACAUUAUACACGUGAUUAUAUACUAUGUAUUGGAUAUUUUCAUAUAAAUCAGAUAUAUUUAGUGCAUGGUUAAACUUUAGAAGUUUUAUCUUAUACAAGAUUACUGUGCUUUUGAUGUUAUUUGGUUUGAUUGAAUUAGUCUGCUACGACACGGGUGUGUUGGCGCGUCAAUUGACAAUUUUGACCUGCACCGUUUGUAUAGGUACUAAAAAAGAUUAGCAGUCUUAUCAAAUGUCUCUGUGUUGAAAUAUACACUUGAGAAAUGAAUAUCUUUGCAUAUUAAAAAUAGUGUAAUUUCUGAUUUACAGAAUAAUUUUUAAUAUGCAAAAAAUAUUAUAUUUGCAGUGUACAUUCCAACUUACAGACAUGCCAAUAUUGUGUAUUGAAAAUACUGUAUCAUUUGCGCGUGUUUUGAACGAUAUCCUGAAUGUGAAUCUAUGUCUAAAGGUGCGUGUAUACCGUGCGAGCGAAUGCUCAUUCUAUCCUUUCAAAAUGGCUGGCCAUAGCCUGUGGCCAGGCAUUGGUGGACCACCAGAAUGAGGCUAGAAUGAGAAUUCCCCCGAUAUUGGUGUAAAUCAGCCUUAGGAUGUUUGAAAGAGAAGGAGAGAUAAGAGAUCAUUGACCUCCGGUGAUUUGCCAACUCGCUCGUGGUGUAGUUGUUUGUUGCUUUCUCGAUAUAUUAAAGUAUAGCUAUUUAUACAACAUAUGAAGUCUUUCCUGCGUGGUCGUGCUUUCAAUAAACGUGAUUAUUUGAAUGUUAUCAUAAUGUUUGUUCACGCGCCGGUGUGGAAGCAGGACUUGUAUCAUUAAUAUAACGUAGUCUUAGUUUUGUAUUGAUAUUCGAACUGCAUGAACGGAUUAUAACAUAUAUAAUCACAAUUUAAUCAGAUAUUGUUGUUGUUACGUUUUUUACAUUUUUUAAUGAAGCUUAAUCUUAGGGAAAAGUGACUGGCAUACUUCCUUCAGUUGUUUUCUAUGCACAAUAUGUAUUUCGUUUUCGCGUCGAGUACACUAAGGACCAAUAUAAAUAUAUCGAAUAUCGUAAGUGACGGAUCCCCAUUUUUGUGCUUUUCCCCCGUUUUGGGCAAUUUGUAAGCUGAUUUGGAAGUCUGUAUUUUUGGAAUUGUUUUGACUUUUUAACUGCUGUCUAUGGUCCGUAGCUACCCUACACGACAUCACUCCCUCGUAGAAAUAUAUAUUCUCUCGAUAUGCUUUAUAGGUAGUGGCUGGAGUUAUAGUUUCUAUGCUAAAAUUGUGUCUACAGAAUUCGAAAGUAUGUAUUUAAACGUUUUAAUGAAUCUAUGUGGAAGUGAUGUGGUUAUAAUGAUCAUACGACUAAAAAAAACCAUCUCUUUAGGUCAACUUCUCAAAAUGUCUACCGGUCGCUAAUUCACCACGUCUUAGAUUUAUUUAUUUAUUUAUUCAUUCAUACAACUAUCAAGAUUGUCAAUUGAUUUCCUACAUUUUUUAUAAAAUAAAUGUUGACAUUUUGCGAAUUUUGGCAAUAUUGCUAUUUUAAAGUUACAAUUAAUAUAAUACACACAUAUAGUGGUGGUGAUAAGAAAUGAGUCAGAAAUCGGUUGGCAUUUUGAAUUGACAUAAAGACCUGAUACGGCACACAGCCUGCGAAACGCAUAUACUUUAUUUGUAUGUAAUUUUAACUAGCGCGUCUUCGCAGCCAGCCACGAUUCCAUACAAAAAAGUGCACGCGUUAUACAGUCUUGUGCGAUAGCCUUAAGACGAACCGGAAUUUUGAGCCCGGAAAAAAUACUCGGUGUUUCGUCGUAAUAUUGAUGCAAACGGCGGUACUAGGCGAUCGUAGGCCUUAGAGCAUUUUAAGUUAACAUUCCCGAGUAGCGAUGUUUAUUUUUUUUCACUUGGUGUGGGUGUGCAUUAUACAAAUUGCAUUUAGUUUUAAUUUUACAAUAUAUUAAUAAAAGCGUAGAUGGACGGGCAACAUUUGUUGAUUAACCUGUCUAACGACAAUCACAGUAACGUUCACAUAAAAUACCACAUUAGAAUUUUGUGGAUAGAAGUAGAAUGUUGCCCGUGGGCAUUUCACAAGUAGUGAAGUUAGCGUCAGACAAGGAAAAUAUAUACACGUAGCGUUUCCUAAAUAUGUACUUGAAUAAGUAACUAAUUUUGACGAUUUCUCAACAUUAGAUAAAUUUUGCGUAUAUUCAAAUCCAAUCAAUAACACGACUUACAAAUUUAUUUGUCGUAAGUAUUUAAUGUCAUGUUUUUUUUUUUUGUUCAAAAUCUUUAGUAAAAUUAACUUCGUGUACACAUUUCCCUUGUCCCUAAUUCAGAGUCUUUUUUUAUUACUAGUUUUGUAUUCGCUUUACGAGUACCAUCUUUUGGGUCAAUAUCUGUAAUGUUUACAAUCAUUUAUCACGCUAUUAGGCAUUUGGAAUUAUGUAAGAACAUUUAUACGAAGGCAUUUUAUAUAAAUUUUAUUUCAAUUAUACUAAAUAUUUUAAAAAUAACAAUACCUAUUUAUAUAUUUUGAAAAUCUUGAAAGUUUUUUUGUAUCGGUAUAUAAUAAAGGAUAGUAAUAACAAAUUUAACUAAGAUAUGAUAUAAAUUAGUUGUAAGUAGCGUUUUCAAAUUGUAAUGGACAUAUUUUUAAGAGUGUAGUCUCAUCGAUGUAUCGUAAUAAGCAAUAUGACCACAGCCGCCUUUUACUCAAUACACAGAUUGAUUUACGAGUUGGUCGUCCAUUGCUCAUAUUUAAUCCAUUUUCUGACUAAAGAUAAAUGUUUAGCAUCAUGUGAUGCCUGCUCUUCAUACGGUUUGGCUUUGGUGUUCUUGUGGAAUAACGUCACAUUGCACAGCUAUAUUUCAUAUCAUAAACCUGCGCAGGAGUCUGAAAGUUAGACGUAAAAAUCCGUAUUUAUCUCAUAAACCAAACAUGACCUAGACUAGAUUUCUGCAAAUAGUUCUUGACUUGGCUUUUAUGCCAUAACGAACAUCUGGCUUUCGAUGGUUCUAGAUCUAUCGGUAGCUUACAUUAAAUUAUGCAAUGUACGGCGUCAAUGUUGGUCUCACAUUCACUAACACCAAAUUAAUUUAUCCACAAAGAAAAAUCGCUAUCGGUUAGCGCCAUCUUGCUUGUUCAAGUUGUCACUCGAAAAGAGGUUACUAUAUUAUAAUUUUUUUUAUUAAUGAAACGUAAAAUCAUGAUCAUUGAAUGCAUACGUGACGCAGUGGAUGACCGCCUUUGUCUACACGGCGCAUUUUGUGUUGGUAGGUUGCAUUAUUUGGAAAGUCAAGAGGUGACAGUUCUGUAGCACCCUGUGCGACUAGCACGAAUAUUUCCGGGAACAUAAUCAAAUCGACAAUUUCAAAGUUUCUAUGGAUCGUUUCGGAUUAAAUAGUUCGUUUUACGUUCGAUAGAGGCGCUGUCCGUUUUCCAUAUAAAUUGUGUCGAUUAAAUUUUCUCAAAAUCUCUUGCUAGCCCCACAGAUGUAUUUUAUGCGAUAGAGUUAACAACAUGCGUAGACACGUUUUUGAAAAAAAACGGUGAUAUUAGAUUUAUGAUCUUUGGAGCCAAUUGGGAACUUUAUAACGGCCCUAAUGUCCCAACUACAUUAUUAUAAUAACGAAACUGCUUACGCAUUGUUGUUUUCUGAACAUUAGGAGCUGAAUCAAAAAUAAUUUAUAGUCUUAAGGCUAAUUUUUGGCAUAGUGUUCUGUUUGCUUUCAUAAAUAAUCUCAAAAAGCAUACUUUGGAAACUUGUAAUCAUUAUGUAAAAGAAGCUAAGUACCAGGUUUUUCCUACAUCGAAGAGAGACUUUUCUAAGUGUGGGAAAUGGUUCUUAUAUAUAACAAAAACAAGCAAACCCACGUGUGCGAUAAGUAUUAUAUUUGAUUGUCACAAAAUUAAGUGUGUGUAGUCUCAAAAUUUAAUCGCUCGAGUCUCGAAACAAAAUGUACUGUGUGGCCAUUGCAUAUUAUAUAGCUUGCUAGUGUUUUAAUUAUUUAUAAAUUAGAUAUCGUAUUAGAGUAUAUUUAUUUUUAUAUAUAGAGCCUUUGGAAAUUUUGUUGAUAUAUUUUAUUGAAAUAUGCGACACUUAUUGGUAUGUAGCAGUUAAAGUUUUAAGUUUUAUUCGGUAAGUGACAUAGGAAUGUGUUUAUUUUAUAUUUUAUAAAAAGAAAUAUUCCUGGAUUUAAUAAUUUAGAUGGUAAUUUUCACAUUUCGAUUCCCUUUGUCACACUCGAAUAAAAUGUCUGUAUCGAAUGCAAUCUGUCGUUCUUGACCCGAUAGGCGCUGUGUGGUUCUUGUUGUUAUCAUUUACUUUUACUGAUUUAAGAAUCAUUGUACCCGUAUGUUUGUAAUCCAUUUUACAGUUUGCGUUAAUUAUGUUAUUUUGAUUAGGAUCAAUUUUGUUUUAAAGCUUCUAGGUAUCCGCGUACGCAUAAUAACAUUUUUUUAUAUUUUUAUUAAUAUUUUUUCUUUCAUUUUAUUUAUCUUUAGGUAGGUAGGUUCAACAAAUUCUUUCAAAUUAUUAUUGUUAAAUUAGAAAUAGAUAAUGUUGUAGUAGAAACCAAUGACGCGACAGCAUCGCUCGUACAGAUCAAAAUGAAUUGUUUUUAAUAAUUAUUUUUGUUUUAACAGAAUAUGCAUUCAAGCUUUCUAUAUUAAUAUCAUAGUAGGUAUUUUAUAAACAACAUAAUUUUCAAAUCCAUGUGAUCCAAACGUGUAACAGAGAUGUGAAGAUUAUAAUUAUUACUAGAUAGGUAGGUUUAAUAAAUUUUAAAUUCCAUUCAAUAACAAA